AUGCCUAAGGCGAUUAUUAUGGACCGCGAUACCGCUUUGAUGAAUGCAGUUGCAAAGGUAUUUGCUUCUUUUAAUGCAUUACUUUGUCGAUAUCACAUAGCAUGUAAUAUGAGAAGUAAGGUUAAACCCGUUGUGGGGGUGAAACAAGUAGAGACCGAAGGUGGUAAACCGGUGAAGCCCGAAGUGGUUGUUGACCAAAUAAUGGAUGCAUGGGCAUGUAUUGCAAGCUCUUCGACAAAAGAAUUAUACGCCGAUGCCGUAUUGCAAUUUCGAAAAGUAUGUGAAAAGUAUCCUGAUUUAUUGAAAUAUGUUGAAAGCACCAUUCUUGACAAGGUGAAAGAGAAGUUUGUUUGUGCAUGGACUAAUAAUGUCCGACACCUUGGGAAUACAACCACCAAUAGAGUUGAGUCGGCACAUGUUACUUUGAAAAAUUGGUUGGGUAAUAGCAAGGGUGAUUUGUGUCAAGAUUGGGACACCAUAAAUCUCAUGAUUAAAAACCAACACAAUGAGAUACAAACCUCGUUCGGUCAGAGAAUUAUUGUGUUGGAGCAUCGAUUUAAGGACAACAUCCUUUACUCUCAAUUGAUCGGCAAUAUGUCUCAGGCCAGAUUGAACUAUAUCUUUCACGAGGCCAAACGAGGUGAAAUUUUUGGUGGCGAUAGCGCAAAAUGUGGUUGCACUAUUACUAUGACGUAUGGUCUCCUGUGUGCUUGUGUUAUUACUAAAAAGGUGAGACUAGGCGAGCUAAUAAGAAUGGAUAAAGUCACUCCUCAUUGGAAGAGACUUAGUUUUGAUGAUGAUGGUUACAUCGAAGGAGAAAAAUCGAAUAUCUCUAUUACUUCCGAAUUGGAGACGAUACAUGAGAGUUUUUCGAAGGCCGAUGACAACAUGAAACUAUACAUCAAAGAGCACUAG